AUGGGCUUACAUAUAUAUGAAGAAAAUUCUUCAACUCCCGCUCAAAAAAUGACCACUAUUACUUUGACUGAAUUUCAAGGUUAUGAUAUAGAAAAACUUAUCAAAUUCUUAGAAAGUGAAGAAGAAUUCUUUGAAAUAAAGGGUGGUCCUGCAAAGAGUCUUUCAAAAUAUACGAUUAAGUUAAAAAAUGAGCCUAAACAAGUUGAAAAUCAAUUGGAUUAUGACUAUACAGAUUAUGACAAGAACAUCAAAAAAAGUUCUCCAUUAAUUCUGAACGAUUUUAGAACUCUUAAAGAAGGAGCCCAG